CAUUCACCGCUGUUUUCUGUCUCUAGUCUAGAGCUUCAACCAUUGCACACACGGAUCCCAGUUGAUGCGUCCUCGUUUAGAUAUUGGUCUGAUCAUUCUUAUCAGCGGUCCUAAAUCGUUUGUGAGAUAGAGCAUUUAAUUACCGUCGUUUUAGCUUUCCUCUUCUUACUUAAGCAUAAAUAAGAUUCCAAACGUGCUCCCAGGGUCAUAAAACCUUAAAAAGCCCGGCAAACAAUCUUCACUGCAACAGAAAAAAAAAAAAAAAAACACUGUCCAAACACAAGAUUUGAGAUUGUCUCCUAUAUUUAGCUCCUAUAUUUCGUAAUAAAAGAUAUUGUUAUAAAUCUUUUCUCCUUGUUGUGUAUAGAGAGUAUACUAAUUCAGCUUCUGGCCGGGCCGUUAGAUAAAUGGUAAAUAUAUACAAACCUUAGGCAACCAUCUCUGGCUUGCCUUGUUUGUGUUCUUCGAUUUCUUUGACAGGGUUUGAGUGGCAGAGUGAUUGAACUCUAGGGAGGUAGCCAUGAUGAAGCGUCUGUGGGUGGGGAUUAUAAUCCUACUUGUUUUUAGCAACUGGGUUGAUGGGUUUGAGGAGCUUCAUCUCAAUGAAACAGCAAUGUAUUUCUUCGAAGCGGAGGCUUAUGGAGUCUCCAAACCUGCAAUGGUUCCUGACGCUUUGAUGGUAGGACUUACCCUCAUUCAAGGCGCUGGCGCAAAAGGAGCAGUCUGCUUGGAUGGAACGCUACCCGGAUAUCAUUGGCAUCGUGGAUAUGGGUCAGGAGCAAAUAGUUGGCUCAUUCAAUUGGAGGGAGGCGGAUGGUGUAAUAACAUUAGAACUUGUGUUUACCGCAAAAAAACUCGACGUGGAUCCUCAACAUACAUGGAAAAGGAGAUAGCAUUUACAGGAAUACUGAGCAAUAAAGCUGAACAAAAUCCUGAUUUUUUCAACUGGAAUAGAGUAAAACUUCGUUACUGUGAUGGUGCCUCCUUUACUGGGGAUGGUGAAGAUAAGGCUGCACGGCUGCAAUUUAGGGGACAGCGUAUAUGGUUGGCUGCAAUGGAAGAUUUACUGUCAAAGGGAAUGCACUUUGCUCACCAGGCUCUUCUUUCUGGGUGCUCUGCUGGGGGUCUGGCAUCUAUUUUACACUGUGAUGAGUUCCGAGGUUUAUUACCAAGAACUACUAAAGUGAAGUGCCUAAGUGAUGCUGGAAUGUUCCUUGAUGCGGCCGAUGUAUCAGGUGGGCGUACACUCAGGAGCAUGUUUGGUGGUGUAGUAGGCUUGCAGGCAGUGCGGAAUAAUCUGCCACAUUUCUGUACUAACCGCCUAGAUCCAACUUCGUGCUUCUUCCCUCAAAACUCAAUUGGCGACAUUAAAACACCACUUUUUAUUCUCAAUACAGCCUAUGAUUCAUGGCAGGUACAAUCCAGUUUAGCUCCACCAUCAGCGGAUCCCUCAGGCUAUUGGCAUUAUUGUAGAUUAAAUCAUGAAAAAUGUACUCCAGCACAGAUCCAAUUUCUGCAAGGGUUCAGGAAUGAAAUGCUGAAGGCACUGAGACACUUCUCAUUGUCUAGACAAAAUGGGAUGUUUAUAAAUUCUUGUUUUGCUCACUGCCAAACAGAGAGGCAGGAUACAUGGUUUGCUGAUGAUUCUCCAGUUAUAGGAAAGAAGGCGAUUGCACUUGCUGUGGGAGACUGGUAUUUUGACCGAGCAAGCGUUAAAGUCGUCGACUGUCCUUACCCUUGUGACAAGAGUUGCCACAAUCUGGUUUUUAAAUGAGCCAAGUUCUACCAAUUGGUUGAUUCACGUGGUAUCUUACCGAGAGAUCAAUUUAUUUCUAUUGAUAUGAAAAGAACUUAGCAAAAUCAAUUGAAUUUUGAUAGAUGACAAAAAUAAUAAUAAAAAAAUGAAGGUUGCUGAGAAUUGCAAAUGUAUUCAGCACCUUCGCAUUGAUAUUUAGCAAUUUCAUGGUGAAUGUAGUUUACCUUUACAAUUUUUUGUUGUCCUUGUAAUAACUUAUUUGCUAUGCUUAUGCUACUGCUAUUGGGCAGUCCAUGUGCUUAACUGAGGUAUUCAUCCGAAAUAUUAUAUUUGUUUGUUUGUUGAA